AUGGCAUCGAAUGGUCCUGGCAAGUUUGGAUUCUCAUUAGGGUCUCCUUCGUCUAAGGCGAAGCUCCCCUUGCAGAACAAAAAAGGCAUCCAAACCAAGUUUUCCGGGCGAUCUCAAUCACUCGGUUUCGGUGAUGACGAAGAUCGCAGCGAUGAAGAAGAAGUUGAACUUUUGACAGGUUUCGAAGACAAUAAAGCAACAGAAUUGACGCCGAAACCGGAACCCAAACCAUUGUCCAUUGCACCGUUACCCAACAUUGAUUGGCGAUCGCAGACUAAGAAAAAGCAAAUAUAUGUACCAGCCCAUCCGCAAAGUACGGAUGGUCAAGUGGAGAGCAAUGUGGAAGUGAUGGGCCAACAAGCUUCGGCAUACGGCCUUCAAGUACAAUCUAGAAAGGUCACGCAGGAAACCCACGUCGCUGCCACCAUCAGUGAAUCCGAAACACAGCAACAGGAUCAAACAUCAACGCCAACGAUACCCGAAGAAUCCAAGUCAUUGGAUGCACAAGCAAUGGAAGCCAUUAUGAAAGAGGCAACGAUGGGUGGUCAGGAGGAACAAAAAGGAUCAACAUUGGUGAUAGCUGCUGAUGAAACCGAAGCGUUUCGAGAAGAUGUGCGAAAUCGACCUGAUGAAGCGACCAUGGAAGAUUACGAAAAUAUACCAGUAGAGGAAUUUGGGGCGGCGUUGUUACGAGGUCUUGGCUGGAAGGAAGGGGAAGGGAUCGGCCGAAAUCGUAAAAACUCACCUGCACCUGUGAUCGCUCCUGUCAAACAACGUGAUGCAUUGCUCGGUUUGGGAGCGAAACCCGAAGAUGUCGCCAAGGAUAAGAAGAACAAACAUCGACGAGCUGCUUAUGAAAUCAAGGAAACCAGUUUAUUCAAAAAGAUUAGUAAGCAUCGUGUUGAACAACAACAACAGCAACAGCAAAAGGACAGCCGUGAUAGGCACGGGCGCGAUCGACGGGAGAGGGAUGAAUCACGCGAACGACGACGUCGACACAGCCGUAGCCGCAGCCGUAGUCCAAGUCGGGAAAGUCGUCAUCGUGAACGCAGUGGUGAACGGUCGCGAUCCUAUAGCUCCAGUAGAAGUAGUCGUCGAAGAUCAAGAUCAAGAUCAAGGUCACCUAGUUCUCGGUCGAGCAGCAAGUCGUCUUCUGGAAGGCGACGAGAUCGUUCGCGUGACGGUUCGAGAAGAUGA